CCUUCUCUCUUCCGCAGCUCAAUCAACUUUCUCUCUCUCCAUCUCUCUCUCUGAUCCAAAAAAAAAAAGAAAAGAAAAGAAAAAGACAUCCAUAUUAACACAAAGAUGGAGCAACAACAAAAUUUACCAGUAAUAGCCAAAAGAAUAAGGAGUAUGGUACGUGUGGUUUUCUUCAUGUUGAGAAAAGGUCUAUCAAAAAGAAAGCUCAUGGUUGAUUUCAACAUGAUGCUCAAACGCGGCAAGAUAGCCGGGAAAGCCCUCAGCAAUCUCCUCCACCACCACAGCCACCACCACGUCUCCCCCUUCGUGGCGCCCCCCAAUGAGUACGAGUUUAGCUGCAGCAACACCCCCAACUACACUUUCCCUUUCCACCUCAACAAGAGGAAGGGCCACUACCACCAUUUCUUCGGGUGCGCUCACGCGCCGUCUGUUCAUGACGAUGAUAUCGCCACUGCCAACGCCGUCAAGGUGGUUCUCGAGAUGUUCAACAAUAAUGACAUGGUGGUUGAGGCUUCCCCGGCGUUGCCAGGUUUCGGACAAAGCCCGUUUGUGAGGCCGCUGAGAAUAACGGACUCUCCCUUCCCAUUAAGAGACGUUGAUGAAGAUAACGGGUAUGUUGACAAGGCAGCUGAAGAAUUUAUUAAAAAAUUCUAUAAAGAGUUGAAGAAGCAGAAGAAAAUGUCCAUGGCUGAGUGUUAAUUAGGAUUCCUGUUUUUUUUUUUCUUAAUCAUUAAGUUAAUUAUGAUUAUGUUGUUAAUCAGUAUAAAUGAGAAUAAUAAUUAAAAGUUUGUAUGAACUUUUAAGGUUUUAA